AUGGCAGCCACGGCCGCUGCCCGGCGGAUGCCCAUGGGCGUGCGGACGUUCAGUGACUUUCUCCAGAUCGUCUCGGUGGGAUCGGCCCACUCCUGUCGCGCAGCGGCGUCCAGACGAUGCUUGCAACAGAACAUCAGACACCUGUCGUCAUGCGGCAUUUUGAUGACCAGAACUCUCAGAGCACUUUGCCUUCAAGAGUGGGACACGAUGACAACCGUUCCCCAAAGUAGAAACUUCAUCAGCUUCACCCACAAAAGGAAGGAGUACUCCGAGCGUAAGAUAAUUGGGUUUUCUAUGCAGGAAAUGUAUGAUGUGGUGGCUAAUGUUGACGAGUACAAGCUCUUUGUGCCCUGGUGUAAGGAGUCCCAGACCAUCAUGAAAAGAGCCAGCCACUGCAAAGCUCAGCUUGAAGUGGGAUUCCCUCCCAUGGUGGAGAGAUACACAUCUAUGAUCACUUGUGUCCAACCUCAUCUAGUCAAAGCAGUGUGCACAGAUGGAAAGCUCUUUAAUCACCUGGAGACAAUAUGGCGCUUCAGUCCUGGCCUUCCCGGUUACCCUCGCACCUGCACCGUAGACUUUUCUAUAUCCUUCGAGUUCAGCUCGCUGCUGCACUCCCAGUUAGCCACCAUGUUCUUCGAUGAGGUCGUAAAGCAAAAUGUCGUGGCGUUCGAGCGGCGAGCCUGCAAGCUGUACGGCCCAGAGACUCAAAUCCCGCGGGAGUUGAUGUUUCACGAGGUGCAUCAGACGUGA